AUGGCCCGCACAAAGAUCAUUCUCGACACUGAUCCGGGCAUCGAUGACAUCCUUGCUCUACUACUGGCUCUGUCCGCCAAACCAGAGGAGCUGGAGUUGCUGUUGAUCUCGUUGACAUUUGGAAACAUCGAGGUCAAGAGCUGUCUUCGAAAUGUGGUCUCUAUGUUCCAUAUUCUCGAGCGAGAAAUGCAAUGGCGUCGCCAGAAUGGCCGUCCUGAGGGAUUUGGUGUCCUCCAUGCAUCGCGUCCGAUCGUCGCUGUUGGCGCAGAGGAGCCCCUUGAGGAUCAAAAGCUGCUAGCCGACUACUUCCAUGGAAUGGACGGACUCGGUGGCAUUCACACGACACACCCGCAUCUCACUCCAAGCCAAGCGUGGGAACAUCUUUUCGACCCCUCGCAGGAUCCCGAGGGCAUUGAAGCUGUUAAGACUGGGGCAGACCAUGAGGAUCGUCGGUUCAUACCAUCAAAGCUUCCCGCGCAUAAAGAGAUUCUUCGCGCAUUGCGCGAGAAUGAGCCGGACACCAUCACUCUUGUCGCCGUGGGUCCGUUAACCAACUUGGCGUUGGCAGCCGCCGAGGACCCGGAGACUUUCCUUCGUGUGAAGGAGGUUGUGGUCAUGGGUGGUGCUGUUAACGUGCCUGGAAAUGUGACCCCCAUGGGCGAAUUCAACGCCUACGCUGAUGCGUUUGCCGCGGCGCGAGUCUUUGCUCUCACAUCACCCAACCCCAACUCGACACUGCCGCCUUCAAAGACAUCGCUGCUUCCGCCAUAUCCCGCCAGUCUCAGCCGCCAACUGACUCUGCGCUUAUUCCCCUUGGAUAUUACCCUGCGACACAAUCUUUCCCGCGGCGAGUUCGGUGCCGCUGUACUUCCGCUUGUCGAGGCUGGUUCCCCGCUUGCGGAAUGGGUCUCUGCCUUUAUGGGACACACGUUCCGGACUCUGGAGAAACUGCACCCGGGCCAUGUCGGGGACGAUGCCUCGCUGAGCAUGCAUGAUCCAGUCUGUGUUUACUAUGCUCUCACUUCUGAUGACCCACGAUGGGGGCCGUCGAUCACCUCCCCCGAGGACAUUCGCAUCGAGACUACUGGACAGUGGACUCGUGGAAUGUGUGUGGUUGACCGUCGCAAUCGCCAUCCCAUUGACAGCGAUGAGCAAAGCUCUAGUGAUCAUGGCCAUUGGUUGAGCAAGCGCGUUGGUAAUCGAAUCCUGCGAAUGGACGCUUCUCCCACCGAGGCGUCAUUUGGCACUGUCAUCAUCGAGAAUUUGUUCAAGUAG